AUGUGUUUACCACUAAAAAGUACCAGCCCUAAAGAAAUUGUGGAAGAAAUAAGGAACCUCAAGGAUGGUAAAGCACCCGGCUAUGACCUCAUUGAUGCCAAAUUACUUAAAAACCUGCCUCAUAAAGACAGGAAACUUACAUGGCAAAAACACAUUUGGACAAAGAGCAAACAACUAGAUGGAAAACUGCGGACACUGAACUGGUUACUGGGACGCAAAUCACAACUAAAUCCCAACAGCAAGAUGCUAGUGUAUAAAACCACCAUAAAACCAAUCUGGACUUACGGCAUACAACUGUGGGGAACGGCCAGCAACAGUAAUAUAGAUAUCUUGGAGAGAUUCCAGACCAAAGCUCUGAGAACAAUGUUUGGCAUCCCUCGUAGUAUAAGUAAUAGAUACAUAUACCUCGACCUCGGCCUAAAAACAGUUCGACAGGAAGCAGCUCAAAACAGCCUGAAAUACCAGGAGAAGCUGACCGCCCAUGUAAACAAACUGGCACACGCUUUGAGCGGAGAAUUCGCUCUUCAGCAUACCCGGCUAAAAAGAAGUGACGUACCGAGCCUACAUAAAAGAUUUACCACCUGA